GAGCAGCUACUUCGGCUACUUCUACCUGCUCUUCGUCCUCGCUUCCAUGCUGCCCUACUUUGCCGAAACCAUGCUGGAGGAAGGAGGUCUCUCUGCGUGCUACAACCUGGCUUCCUCGCUUCUGGCGUGCAGCCCGAUCUUCUCUGCUUUCCAGUCGAAGCUUAUGGCGCACUUCUUCGAGACCACCCUGAACUAUGGCGGUGCUCAGUACAUUCCAACAGGACGGGGCUUGGCAACCCAAAGGGAGCCCUUCGUGAA